AUGGCAGCAAGCAUUGCAUUUCCCACCGUCCCAACCCACUACGCCUUGACCUCCCUCCCUACUCUGCCUCAGUUUGCCACGGGCGCCUGCGCGUCCUGCCCAUCAGCCGCCUCGGUAUCCCCCCUCUCCGCACGCCCCUUGUUCGUCAACGCAGGACUAUGCACAAUCCCGCCCAGCUUAUGCAUGACCCUGCCUAGCGUCGAAUCUUGUGACCGCGUCAGCCCAUCGACAUUCACCCAGAAGAAGAAGAAGAAGAAGAAGAAGAAGAAGAAGAAGAAGAAGAAGAAGAAGAAGUAG